AGCUGUUCGAGGACGGGGUGUCUCUGAUGGUACUGGACCUAUAUGGUUACACGAUGUUGCUUGUAUUGGAAAUGAACUAAACGUGACGAGUUGUUCCCAUGGCAAAUGGGGAAAUACAAAUUGCAAUCACAGUGAAGACGCAGGAGUAGAAUGUUCUUCAAUAG